AUGUCGCGGUCAAAACCUUCCAUUUUCUUCGUACAUGGAGCGUACCACCCACCACAGUGCUACGAUGCUGUAACGACGCUAAUCAAAGACGCUGGUUACGAGGUCAGUAUGCCCAGACUUGCAUCUCUAGGAAAAGACGCACUUGGGAUCACCGUGGACGAUGAUGUGGCUGUCGUACGCAGGAUAGCCAACGAGCUUUUCGAGGCUGGUAAAGAGGUUGUCCUCGUCGGGCACUCCUACGGCGGCCACGUCAGUGCCAUAGCAGCCAAAGGACUUACCACCAGAGAUUUUAAAGCACAAGGGAAGCAGGGGGGGUUCAAGGGAGUUGUAUAUUUGAGUGGCAUACUCGCCAAGCAGGGCGGGUGUGCAAUUGAUGCCUGCAACAGUGCAGCGAUCACGCCUCCUGACGUAGCCGAUAUCUACGACAUCCAGACUAUUGACGGAAAAACCUCAGCCACGGUCAGGAACACGGAAACUGCCAUCCGUUACUUCUUCAGCCCGGCGCCGAAGGACGAGAUCGAGAAGACCAUGGCACUGCUGGAGCCGCAGUGUCCAGACGUGUUCUACCUGCCAGCACUGAGCUCACCAGCUGACCUCUCCAUCCCCCAAACCUACGUCAUUUCCGAACAAGACAGCAUGGUUCUCUUAGAAUCGCAGGAACGCAUCGUCGCAGAUUGGGGAAUGAAGACAGUGAGAUUGGAGAAUACUGGGCACGCCCCAUUCCUCAACCACCCGCGACGAGUGGCAGAGGCAAUACUCGAAAUGGCCUCAUAA